AUGGAUGUCGGGCUGAGGAGACCACAAAAUAGCAAUGCUAGGCCAGCCUCUCGCUGCCCUGAACGAGCAGCCCACACAUGUUCGAGCCAGAGCUUCCUCGAUCAAACUGUUAAAGUCAUUUUUAACUUCACUGCUUCACGGGUCGGUACGGAGAGUUUGAUUGGCAACUGUGGUGGCGCACGUAAUCAUCCCAUUCAUCUCCUUGCUCUCUUCAUCCCCGUAGAUGACAUUCAAACAAGAUCAUCCUCACAAGACAAUCUGCUCGACCAAGAGUCAACGCGACCAUCUCUGCUACGUCGCUUUCUAAUAGGCAAGACGUUGGGCACUAAGGGUCAGAAGGCCUUAGCACCACUCCUUUCAUCUUCCAGAACUCUUCUCUCGUGUUCACAACCCUCGAUCGCCUCAUCCUUUGCCUCAGCCCUGAAACCAUUCUUCAGCUUUUCGCCGUUUCCGCCCUGGAUCGUCGUUCCGGAAGCGGUGCAGCAUGAUGCAAGAAUGCUGACUGGCAACGGCCUGAAUGGUGCAACCCGACAGCCUGACAGACAGACUGCGGUAUCCAUCACAACACAAAACAGCGGGGGUAAAUGGCCGGAGUGUGUCUCCGGUGUUACCAGAUCGUCUCCCAUCUCUGAUUGUAUUCAGGCAGUAGAUUUGUCUGCACAACCGCGUCGCACUCGAGAGCUCCAAGAGGAAACGAUACGAGUCUUGUCAUCGUAUAAUCCAAAUAGCAACCGGCAUUGCAUGGCAACAACGUCUGCAAGUCAUAGUCGAAAAGAGAAAACCAGCACACCACUUCAUCUAUCUUUCAUAGAUUUUCAAUUUAGCCUCUCGGCCUCUUUUCUCGUGCAACAGCCAACAGGUCUGAAGUCGUACGGAAGAAGCCAACAAGAGCACGGCAAAACUAGCAUUGUUGCGUCACUGCUGGAUGAAUUGGCUCCUACCCCUUCCAGAAGCCAUGCCGGCUCUGAGUCCCAGGUUCUCGGCCUGAAUGCGCAGCCACAUCCCGCAGGCCGGCAUUCAUCACCGGGCUCAUCAACAGUUUUAACCCAAUCUUCCGCAUGGGUGUUUGAUUGUUGGAAAAGACGUCCGCGGCUGAAAAGAGAAGUCUCAGAAACGAGGAUUGCCCGAAUCGCCACAGCCGUUAAAAGCAACAACAGCGUGGGAGUCGUCAGAUUAGCGCAAGCUGUCACUCACGCGUUCUUAGAACGCAAAUCUACCUUUUGCCCGCAGCGUAAGUUCCAUGUAUCAUCCGAGCGACUUCUUAUUUUUAAUCUCAAAUCACUGUACGUUAACAUGAUCUUGGCUCAAAUAUCGCAGACUGACAUCCAUUCCGUAAGCUUGGUCGAAGCACGUGCGACCAUGACUGACCCAACGAUCUCCCUAUCACUGCUCGAGCCUAGACACGCCUACCGCAUGGAUAGCUACACAAACGCCAACUCAAUCAAUCCCCAACCAUGGAACACACCACCACCACCACCACCACCGCCGCCACGCCUCCUCCUCGAUUACACUCAAUCACCUUCAAACCCCAACGCCGCAAUACUGACACUCCCUAGCCGGUCUUCGCCACAUAGUCCUGAGCUCAGCCAGGGCCAGGAUCAGACUUUGCCCGUUGUCUUCCUUCGCGCGAAGGACCGUUCCGAACCAGAUGUUAGAUAUGCUUACUUAAGUCGUCCUUGUGGCUGCUUAUGCUUACAUCAGAACCCCUUUGGAGAUGCUCGGACAAUCGCUCUGAAGACACAUAUCUUUAAGUCUGGCAUUGAAACAUGUAGAUGCUAUACCAGUGCAAAAUACCACAUCGUAAGUGCACGUUCUCUUGUACCUGAUACCGGAGUCCAUUCGGCCUCAGCCAUAUCCUCAGCCUUACAAACGGGCCAACAGAGGAUUACUCCAUCUCACUCACAUUGUUAUCCGAGCUUCGGGGCAGCAGGGCUGUCACUCCCGAAGGCUUCUGAAUUCAACCUCUCUCCUCCAGGAUUGCAUAGCAUGUCCGUCCGCAUCGCUUCCCAUCACGCUCUCGUUCUACCACCGUUUCCUGUAAAUCAUAUAUUCAAGUGGGAAAAAAAAACAUCCGAUGUUCCUCUCACGCAGAUAUUUAGCAAACAGUCUCCCAAACAGGAAAAACCAUCCUUCAUCCCAUCGCUUCUAGUAAUAACCUCACCGCAACCCAACGUAAAAUCCCUGCCCUCAAUUCCCAUUCCUUCCCCAUUUCCAUUUCCUGACCUCGGACAUCCACUAACCUCAAAGCCGGCAAAGGAAAAGCAGAACCUGCAUAUGCAGCUAAAACCCGUCUCCGAACUGCCAACACCCCCGGUUUCUGACCGCCAUUUGCGGGACAAUGGCCAAUGCACAUUCACUAAACAAACCACAUAG